CUUUCGCACUCGACUCGCACGUGAUCAGGUCGUGCGCAUUGAAACCGAGGCAUUUUUGUGUGUUAGCCGGCGUCAAGUUAACAAAUUCAUGCGUCUGUCCUGUUAUUGAUCACGAAUUUCGUCAUAACAUUGUCAAAAUAGCUCUGGAUUUGACGAAAUUCGUGUUUAAUAACCGGACAGACACAUGGAAAGCUGACAUCAAUUUGUUUUUUUACAACAAAAAGGCAGAAAGGACAAAAUUAAGUGAAAACGCGAGAAAUUCAGGUGUCUGUUCGCUUAGUGACAAUGAAUUUGCCAUUGAGCGCGCGAAAAUUUCUGCAAUUAUUGUAAAACAAAUUUUUUCGCAGUUUGUUUUACUGUUUAUUUAGGGGUAUAAGAAAACACUUAGGGUUAGGGUUAGGUGAAACAGGGAGUUUUGUUUCCCCUUAAUCAUCAAUGAGGGUCUCAGGGAAACAAAACUGACUCAUUGUUUCCCUUAGGGCCAGUCAUUAAAUGCUUAUUUUUUGACUCAAAUACGUUUUCCGAUUGGAGAAGAACGUGUCACGUGUCGUGGGUCAAAACCCACUAACUCCCUAGGGCGAACAAAACUCACUUACUCCCUAAGAAAACAACAUCUUGAACUUUCGACUCGCACGUGAUCUGGUCGUGCUCCUUGAAAACUGCGGCAAAUUUGUGAGCCAGCCCGCUUCAAGCAAACGAUUUCUUCGAUUUUUGUUCAGUUUGACUCUUUGAUCCUCAAACCGUUGACACGCUAUAAAUCUGUAAUGUUUCGUUCUGUGCGCUAAAUCCUCGUUUUUUAGAACCAGGUGAAAAUCAGCACUAAACCGAGGGUGAACAGGACAAUAAAUUAGCACAUCAGAAUCUAACUUUCAACCCGAACUAAACCGGACGAAUGACCGUACCCCUGAUUGGUUCAAAAAUCGAGAUUCCAUUGUUAUGUGGUUUAAAGAUUGGUUCUGUAUAUGAGUGCAUAGUUUCAGAGAUUUCAUCACCGAAUCGUGCAAUAAGUCUGACAUGGCUAACCUUUUACUUUUUGCGAGUCGUCAAUCAUUUCACUUUCAAAACAAAAUUCUUCGCCAUAAUUUUUUUUGUCUCGCGAGUGUGACAAAUCACGGCUUUCAAAUACCGAACAAUGCUUCAUUAGGUGAAAGAAAAUUUCAUUGUGUCGGCGUGUACAGUUUUCCAGCUUUUACUCACGUGCAAGGAAUUUUCAAAGAGCACGUGCAGAAGAACGUGCUAUGGAGGCAAAAUUAGCUCAGAGAAAAUCAUUAUUUCUAAAUUUCCGUAGGAUUUCUAAAUUCCCGUAGUAUUUAAUGAAAUCUCGCUUAUACUGCUUUUUUUCCCCUCUGCUGAGGCAAUUUCUGGAGAAUUCUGCUGUAAUAACCCAAAUAUACUUCACGGUCCGGAUAUAAGUUUUCUAUUAUCUGUCGGCAUUCGCGUCCUUUAUAAAUUACUUUUAGAACUGUCGGUGUUCGUAGCAGAUUAAACUUAAGACUUACUGCUAGAGCAUCGAAUAAUUUGGUAUCUCGAGUGCGGCGAUUUUUUUUUCCUUUUCUUCGACGGUUAUGUAACAUACUGAACAAUAGUGUUUAGAAUAUGCGGCGUUGUUCAUCAUUGCUUUCAAAGCGUCGUGGAGUGCAAAGUGCUGAAAGUGCCGAUCUUCGAGACUAGAACAAACAUCUUGACAUCGCUUGCUACUGGUUUAACUGCACCUCAGUGGAAAUGUCUGGAACUCUCACCAACCACUCAAGCUCCGAACAUCCUGCCAAAGACGACUUUCACUUGGUUACUUCAACAUGGCCUGCAAGCGCUGUAAUUAUAACAGCCGUACUCCUGAUCAUCGUCGACGUAGCAACAAUUAUAGGAAACGCUUUUGUGAUCGGGGCACUGGCAAAGAUUAAUGCACUGAAAAUUAUGGCCAACAACCAAGCUGUCAUUUCAUUAGCCGUGGCAGAUCUCUUGGUGGGCUUGCUGGUUAUGCCAUGCGCCAUUGACAGUGUUGUAGCAGGAAAAUGGCGGUGUGGACAUCUUUGGGGAAAGGUGAACGCUUUUGGAAACUUUUCCUUCUGUAUUUCGUCCAUAACGCAUCUAGCUUUAUUAUCCGUUGACCGCUACAUCGCAAUAUCUUGUCCGCUAUAUAUGAUAGUUACCAAGAAAAGAGUUCGAGCAAUUUGCCUAAUUUUGUGGAUAUACUCCACUGCAUGGGCCCUGCCGCCGUUGUUUGGCGUCACUUCGUACAAGUGCUUUAUUCCUUACCUCGGAAAAUGUCUCGAGGAAGACUGGCUGUGCUGCGAAGGCGCCGUGUUGUUCACUGCCUCAGUUGUGUCCGGCACAUACGGAGUGGCAGUUUUAGUGAUGUUCUUCGCCUACGCCAGGAUUUACGUCGAGAUUUCUAAACAGGCCAAAAGAUUGUCUUUCAUAGUGAAACAACUGAGAGCGAAUAGCAACUCAGGAGUGAUUAUAAGAACACACGCUUCAGCUAAAAAGGGAGCUCUAACAGCACUCAUUGUUAUUGGGUCGUACUUUGCUUGCUGGUCGCCAUUUUGUCUUCUUUUGUUUGCGCAAAUGGCCCAUGGCAAAACCACAGGUGGACCAACUGCAGAUAUAAUAACCAUGUUCAUUGGCCUCGCCAACAGUGCCAGUAAUCCAAUCAUAUACAGCAUUAGAUACAGGGUGUUUCGAGAAACUGUAAAACGAAUGUUUGUCAGGAAAAGAUAUCGUAUCCAGAGUUCCUUCAGCAAGUAAAAAGAUGACAUUGGUGUAAAU